AUGACCGAUGAAUCCGCUGGCAUCGGGAAGCCGACUGGCCCGCUGUCCGCUGGCAAUCGUGGGCCAACGGCUUGCCGAACCUGUGCAGUAGCCAAAGCCAAAUGCGUGCCCCAAGCCGGUGAGCAAGGAUCGAGGAAGUGCACUAGGUGCGAGAGACUGAAUAAAGAAUGUACUCUACAAACCCCCAAGCCGAGAGCGAAGGGAACCAAGAAAUCCACCCGCGUCGCUCGGUUGGAGCAGAAGUUGGAUGAUAUUACCAACCUCCUCACCACUACGCAAAGUAAUACCUCGAAUGUCGACUCGACCCCAAGUCAAGUCCCGUUAACCCCGGAGUCAAAUGGACGGUCACAGGAGGCUUCGGAGUUGGGGCACUCCCGAAUCAUCAGCACCGCUCCGAAGCAUGACUAUCAGAAGGGAAUCUCCACCAGCAGUCUUUCCAUGGAGGAUGCUGAUGCCCUGCUGCGCUUUUACCAGUCCCACAUGACUGCGCACUUCCCCUUUGUUGUUAUUCCGCCAAAUACUACGGCUGCCGUACUGAAAGAAAGGCGACCUUUGCUGUUCAAAGGCAUCAUGAUGGCAGCUUCCUACCGAAAUGUUGAGCUACAGCAGGCUUUUGGGACCGAAAUCCGCGAAUAUAUCGCAUCAACCAUGUUCCAGAGAGGAGAACGGAGUUUCGACCAUCUUCAGGGCUUGUUGAUUGCUAUUGCCUGGUAUCAUUUUCAUCUUGGACGAAGCCGACAAAUGACCAACUUUGUCCAUUUGGCACUGGCACUAACCACCGAUCUGGAAAUCAACAAGACGGGCACAGCCUAUGAUAGACACCGAGCAGUGGUUUGUGGAUUCAACCUCUUUCCAGACCCAGCCGAGCGGGGUGACCAACGCUCCCUUGAAGAGCGGCGAGCGUUGUUGGGCUGCUUCUAUGUCACAUCCAUAUUGUCAGUCAAUGUAAAACACACCGACAUUAUGAAAUUCACGCGGUACAUGGAUGACUGUUGCCGCGUACUGCUUGAAAAACAGGAGUACCCCACAGAUUACUUCCUCGUCCAACUGGUUAAAAUACAGAGGAUUGCACUAUGCAUGCAGAAUACCCUUCCUCUGGACUGCUUAGACCCUCCAUCUCCUCUCACUUCAUCAAUUGGGAUGAGCUUAAAAGCGUUCGAGUCAGAACUGGAGCAGCUCAAAGCUUCAUUGCCUGCGAAUAUACAGAGCCAUUUAUUGUUCACCCUGCACUAUCGAAUCGUCCGCCUUUUCAUGUAUGAAAUCGGCUUCAAUCCUGAACUCUCCGAGCAACAUAUUUCCAUUACCUACUUUCCACCUGUCCUUUCGCGACCGGGUAUACUCUCCGCCUGCCUCGAUGCGACUCGUGACCUCCUUCAAACCAUUCUAGAGAUCCCUCACUCCGAUUAUUUCCUCAUGACAUAUGCGUCGUGGGCACAAGUUGCCCACGCUAUCAUCGUCCUCACCAAACUUUGCCUCUCCAAAAUUGACGGAUGGGACAACAUAGAGGCCGAGAAGCAGAUCAAUUUUCUGUUUCUCAUCGACGAACUCAUCGAUCGGUUACAGACCGCCGUUCGCGAUGCAGCGAUCCAUCCGAGCCCGCAUGGUGAGCUGGACGUCUUUACACGUGUCAUUCCCCAAAUGAGACUUCUGAAGCAGCUUUACCGGGCUCAGAGGGAACGUAUGACUGGCGUUAUCGCGCCAGGUAGCGCUUCUAACCUAGGUGCAACUCCGGGAAUAGCUGGCGAUACGCCGGGCACCUAUGGUAUGAAUAUGGCAGGACAAGCUGGCGUAGGUGCCACCCCCGGAGGGUUGGACCCAAUGGGCGUGCCGAUGAUGGGGGCAGGAUCAGGGAGUUUGUUUGAUUUCUUUGACGAUGCCUACUGGAGAGAGACGUUUACUGAUUUUGGGUCUGGUGUUCAGUGAGAGGGAGACAAAUUCGUCCUUGUGGAAAACGACUGGAGUUUUAAUGAUCGGGUCGAAACUGGAUUAGGGGAACCUGGUGGCGUCGUCAUUUCUGAUGUAGGUGUUGGAUUGAAACACAGUGGUUGAUACAGGCGCUUG